UGCUUAAGGAAAAGCCGAGUUAGCGUCCAACGCCCACUCGCGAAGGAGGGCGCUGCCGCGAGAGGAAGCAAUGACUGGAAGGCUGGAAUACGGCGCAUGAUCCCAGAGCUGGCCCCAGGGACUUGGUCUCAGGAAGCAACGCGCGCAGAUGCCAGCGCCGAGCUCCCUAGGGGAUGCGAAUGAUGGCAGAUGAUCAGGGCUGUGAUGGGGAGCCCGGAGCUGGGGAUUCAGCAAGCAAAGACACUGUUGAUGCUAAACCAGACCGGUCUUCAUUCAUCCCAUCGCUCUUCAGUAAGAAGAAGAAAAAUGACUCAGGACAGUCAGUCAAGACCACCCGGGACCGAGCGUCUUCAUAUCAAUAUAACAUGAAUUUUGAGAAGGUGGGCAAAUGCAUUAUAAUAAACAACAAGAACUUCGAUAAAGUGACAGGUAUGGGCGUCCGAAAUGGAACAGACAAAGAUGCUGAAGCCCUUUUUAAAUGCUUCCGAAACCUGGGUUUCGAUGUGGUCGUUUAUAAUGACUGCUCUUGUGCCAAGAUGCAAGAUCUACUUAAACAAGCUUCUGAAGAGGACCACACAAAUUCAGCUUGCUUCGCCUGCAUCUUACUAAGCCAUGGAGAAGAAAAUUUAAUUUAUGGAAAAGAUGGUGUGACACCAAUAAAGGAUUUGACAGCUCAUUUUAGGGGAGAUAGAUGCAGAACCCUUUUAGAGAAACCCAAACUCUUUUUCAUUCAGGCUUGCCGAGGGACAGAGCUUGAUGAUGGGGUCCAAGCAGACUCUGGACCUAUCAAUGAUACAGAUGCUAAUCCCCGAUAUAAGAUCCCAGUUGAAGCUGACUUUCUCUUCGCCUAUUCCACGGUUCCAGGCUAUUACUCAUGGAGAAGCCCAGGAAGAGGCUCCUGGUUUGUGCAGGCUUUGUGUUCCAUUCUGGAUGAGCAUGGGAAAGACCUGGAGAUCAUGCAGAUCCUCACCAGGGUGAACAACAGGGUGGCCAGGCACUUCGAGUCUCACUCAGAUGAUCCACACUUCCACGAGAAGAAGCAGAUCCCAUGUGUGGUCUCCAUGCUUACCAAGGAACUCUACUUCUGUCAGUAACCGUUCUGGGAGCAUUCUAGCUUAGAACCUAUGGAUCAUUCAUUGAUCAGACCCUUUUUUUUUUUAAUGCUCUUGAAGUAUCUGGAAAUUUAACAGGAUUUUAAUUUCAAGAAAAUUUACUGAUUCAACAGGGAAGAAACUUUCUGGUGCUGGCUGUGUUCUCUGAAUUUUCAGAGACUUUUUUAAAUAUAUGAUGUUACUCAUUUGAUGACUGUAAUUUCCUCCAGAUUAAUUUUGUUUGUAUUUCUUUCACCUUGUUAUUGCACUUAGUACAUACAACAGAAGUGACCUAUGGAGAAGACUCUUGGCUGUCUGUUGUAAUUGGUGGUGAUAUUGGAAGAAUCAGAGUCCUGUUUGCACUUAGCAAAGAGAAUCCCAAUGCUCAAUUAAAAAACAAAACAAAACAAAACAACCAAACAGCCAAGAGGAUAUUCAUUGGCCUGUAUUGCAGAAAGUGACUACUGAGUGUGGUUUGAGUGAUUUUUUCAUUGGCUUAGGACAGAAUCUCAUGCAGAAAUUCCCAGAUAAGUUAGAAAAGAAGAAAAAUUUCAUGAUUCUAGUACACCAGUCAGGAUCCCAUCAAGAAAACAGAAACCAUCUACGUGUUUUAAUAGAAGGAAUUUAAUACAGGAAAUUGACUUAGAAGAUAAAAGAGAAGCCAACCCGCAGGAAGAUGUUACCACACCUAGGGCUAUGAGGAUAGUAGGAAGAGGCACAGUUUCCUGAGUUCAGAAGCUGGGAUCAUUCAUAAGAGCUGGAAUAUGGUGGGGUACCUGAUGGGAGCCAGGAUCAUGGAAGGAUUAUGGAAAAUGGAGCCACGACAAGACCAGGGCUGCUACCUGAGGUGGAGGCAAAACCAGAGCUGAGCCAGAUACAGAGAAAUACCUUGGCCUUGCCUCUCCUGCCCUCCAGUCUUCCAACAGCACUUUACUAUUCCAGCCCUGCCUGGAAGCCAGCUGGUGAAGGCCCUGGGGAGUAUAAUUUCCUGGGAUACAGAGAAGAGUUGGGGAUAGUGAGGCAGAGCAGCAGAAAUGGAUGAAAGCCUGGCCCAUAAUGUGAAUUUAAGUAAUGCAGUCCCUUGAUGUUCAGCAGUCCAUCUAUUCAAUCAUUUAUACGCUGAGUUGUCAGGUAACCUGUGUAUGUGCAAAAUAAUCUGUUUUAGCUUUACGUGAAAAAUCAUCUGUUUUAGCCUUAAAAUGCACCUGGAACUUUUUAGAUUACUCCGAGCCCUGUUUUGAGUAAAAAAAAAUUGUUACCUCUAAUUCUGUAAGUGGGAGUUUAUGACAAAUAUUUUUGGCACUUUGUUUUCAAGAUGGUGUUUUCUUUUGAAUUCUUGAUAAAUUACUGUUUUUAUCUGCCUAAUAACUGGUUAACAAAUGUUAAUAUUUAUUGAUUAAAAUGUGGUUGCUUAAUUCCUAA